ACACACUCAACAGUUAAAAACAAAUGUUCGUUGUUCGUUUGGCCGGCUGCUUUUAGGAAUUCCCAGGUAGUAUGUUAAUACUAAACUGGUAUUAGUGAAAUUCGCAAUGGGGACGUUAUGAAAAGAACACCAUCAAGGUUUACCUCUCGUUAAACUUGAUGUAUGUAUUUGUCUAAGAAAGUGUAAAUUUGUGCAAUUUGUGCCUCGUUUUUAUUUUCUCCGGGUUUUUGGUGGUACAUAUACGGAAAAGUUAAUGUAAAAAGGAAGUCAAAAUGCAUUUAUUGCUAAUAGCUGGUGAUUUAUCACUUUUUCUUGGCACAGUAUAUUUUGUAUUAAGUAUAUUCGUGGAAAAAUCAUAUAAUGGUAUCUCUGCCAAAACGCAGUUGCUCUACAUGAUAGUCUGUACUACAAGAUAUUUCGAUGAUUCCAGCUUGUUUGUAUGGGUUAUUAAUUUUUUCUCAAGCUUUGCUUUCUUUUUAUCCUUUAGAAUGAAAGAGACAUACGAAAAGAAAUAUGAUAGUUUCUGGACAGAAAGUCUUCUAAUUCCGCUUUUGAUUUUAGCAGUUUUCGUAAAUUACGAUCACUCUCCUUUCGGCAUACUAAAUGCUUUCAGUGAUUAUCUGGAAUCAGUGGCAUUAGUUCCUCAGCUGUACAUGAUCUGGAAUAAAACAAAAAUUACCAAACACAUUAAAAUCUACCUCUACUAUAUGUACGCGUAUAUAUGCCUAAAGAUGUUAUAUUGGUUCCACGUCUAUUAUGUGUAUGGUACAUUCAACAUUAUAUCUCAAGUUGCUUUGGCUGUAGAAUUCAUAAUUUUAUCUGUUUCCAUAGUGACUUUACACUGUAAAAGCAUGAUGAGGACCAGCUACGAAGUAAAGGUUACAAAGUCUCAAAACAUCUUUCUUGUCAAUUCUGGAUUACUAUCCCUUACAACUGCCAAAGCUGAUGAGGUUCCAUUAAUUACUGAUGAGGUUACAUUAGUUAAUGAAGAAGCUGAAAAGCUCACGAUAAUUAGAGGUCAUUAAUAAUAAAAUAAAAUUUAUGUUAUUGCUACAAUAUUUUGAAAAAUAAUAAAACCAAAAAUUUAGAGAUA